CAGACUGAAACAGGACUGAAACCGUUGUACCGUUAGCGGACAGAAACAUUUAGCUGGAUUUAAACAGCUGGAUUGGACUGCGAUGGAUGUUCCCCAAAAGUGACAGCAUGAAAAAACUUUCUGUGGAGCUCCUAAAUACUCUCAAGAACUUGAAGCAGGAUGACUUUGAACAAUUUAAAUGGUUUCUGAAACAGGACAACAUCUUGGAAGGUCAAAAAGGCAUCGAUGAAGAUGAGCUGGAGGGGGCAGAAAGAUGGGAUACGGUUGAUCUGAUGCUACGCCGAUACAAAGGCCCUGGAGCUAAGCAGCUGGCAAUCAAUAUUUUACAGGCGAUUGGCCAGAACAACCUGGUGGAUCAGUUAAACAGAUUCUGUGAAGAACAACAAGAUCUCAACCCUCAGCAUCUACGUUUUGUGGCAGAAGGCAUUGGAGAAAAGGAAGCUGAGUUGGAAAAACUUCGUGAGUUUGCCGUGGACGUAGCCUUGGAUCCGGAUACGGCGCAUCGCGAUCUUGUCCUCUCCAGUGAUGGAAAACAAGUUUAUGACACUAAUGUGACCAAAGAUCUCCCAAUGACCUCCCAGAGAUUUGACACACGUGCCAGUGUAGUUAGUAAGGAGACAUUUUCCUCAGGAAAGUUCUACAUUGAGGUUCAGGUUGAAGGGAAGACUGAUUGGUCUGUUGGGGUGGCCUACGAAUCCAUCAACCGGAAAGGGAAAAUCUCCCUCAGCACCGACAAUGGCUUCUGGACCAUAUGGUUAAGAGACAAGGUUUAUGAAGCUUUGGCAAAGCCUGCAGUCGUACUCCCUCUGAAGUCCCGUCUUCAGAAGGUGGGAAUCUUUGUGGAUUAUGACAAGGGUCUGGUCUCCUUCUAUAAUGUAGAUACAGCAGAUCUGAUCUAUUCAUACAAAAAAUGCAGCUUCAAAAAGAAACUCCUGCUAUAUAUUAAUACAAGUAGUAACAAAAAUGGUAGAAACUCUGCACCGAUGAUUAUCACUCCUGUAGUUGACAAGAUAAACAAAGCAACACUGAGGAGCAUCAAGGAGUUUGCAGUUGAGGUGACUUUGGAUCCAGAUACAGCACAUCCUGAACUAGUUCUAUCCGACCAUGGGAAACGGGUCCAUCACGUAGAUGUGAGGAAAGAUGUUCCAGACAACCCAAAGAGAUUCAGUGACCAUGUCAGUGUUUUAGGAAAACAAAGUUUCUUCCAUCAUAGAUUCUACUUCGAGGUCCAGGUUAAAGGGAAGACCGACUGGACUGUAGGAGUCGUCACUGAGUCGAUUGAAAGGAAGGGAGAACACACACUGCAACCAGAAAGUGGUUUCUGGACAAUUUGUCUAAGGAACGGGGAAGAAUACGAGGCAUUUGAUAAACCAAUAGUCCGUUUAACUCGAAGAUUAAAUCCAGAGAGAGUGGGAGUAUUUGUUGAUUAUGAUGGAGGUCUGGUCUCCUUUUAUAACGUAGAUACUGCUGAUCUUCUCUACUCCUUUACUGGUUGCUGCUUCGCUGAGAGACUUGUGCCUUUCUUUAGUCCCUGCACUAAUAUUGGAGGUACAAACUCUGCUCCUCUGAUUAUGGUAAAUGGUAAAUGGACUGAACUUGUAUAGAGCUUUUCAUUUUGACCACUCAGAGCUUUUUACACUAGUCACAGUCACCCAUUCGCACUCACAAACGCUCACAUUUAUACACCGAUACGCAGAUCAGUAGGUUAAGUGCCUUGCCCAGCGGCACAACAACAUGUGGUAGGAGGAAGGAAUCCUGGGAACAUCACCAGUCCAUCUCAGAGACACACAGGACAAUCAACAAUGCCCAUACAGUCUCAGACCUGAGGUAGACUGAGGGUACAUUCACAUCAACCUUGGUUAAACCACUUUAAAACAGAAAGUCCAGUUCAGUGUGAAUGCGUAAUCAAAAUCUGACGUGGACCAAAAAAGCAAACUCUGCUUCGCCUACAAACCUAGGUCUUGGAUCGGUUGAAGUAGAAUCUGGCAUGGUUCGAAUGGAUAUGUGAACACCAAGCGGACCAGAGACCACAAGGCAGAGAGCAAACUACAGCAUUCUGGGUAAAUACAACCACAACAAAAACACGUCUACUUCUAGGAGAAAUGGCUUGUGGUUUUUUAC